AUUAUAUUUAUUUAUCUUCAAUUAUUUGCAUAUUUAAAAAGUAGAGAUUUAUAUAAAUAGUUGACAAAGCUAAGCAGAGCAACCGAACCAAACCCACGAGCUCUCACAAGAGUUUUGAUCAGAAAGUUAUCUUCUUAUUUUUCUUUUCUCUGACAAAAUGGCAAAGAGUUACUUCAAACAAGAGCAUGAUCUUGAGAAGAGAAGGGCAGAGGCUGCAAGGAUCAGGGAGAAAUACCCAGAUAGGAUUCCAGUAAUUGUGGAGAAGGCAGAAAGAAGUGAUAUACCAAACAUAGAUAAGAAAAAGUAUCUUGUCCCAGCUGACCUGACUGUGGGGCAGUUUGUGUAUGUUAUUCGCAAGAGGAUUAAACUAAGUGCAGAAAAAGCAAUUUUUAUAUUUGUGGACAAUGUCCUCCCACCUACAGGUGCAAUUAUGUCUGCUAUUUAUGAAGAGAAGAAGGAUGAAGAUGGAUUUCUCUAUGUUACCUACAGCGGAGAGAACACAUUUGGAUCUGAGAUUCCACUCUAGCCCUUAUUUGAGUCCUUGCUCCAUUUGUUUCUUUCCUGGUUUCACAAUAGUUGGUUCCACAAGGGUUGUUUUCAAUUCCUGUCGCCCUUAGUUAAUUUAUUAUGCCUAAUUACAAAGAUCCUGGCAGUGAUAUUAUGUAUAUAGUUACAUACGGUAUAUAAGUACGAAGAUCACUUUUAAUUAUAAAGCUAAAGCUAUCGAUUCUAAGAAUCCUUUUCUGAA